AGCUUCCGGAGCAGAGAGGCUUUGUUCAGAAUUCACCAUUGUGUCUGGAAGCUGCUGUAGUGCGUGAUUUCGUUUGAACAUUUCCUCAGAUACUAUGAUGUCAGGAUUUUAUGAUUUUGUCAAAUUCAGAAGAUACAGAGGCAAUGGCAUCCAAAGGACAAUCAAGAUUUCGGGUUUGGAUUUCUGUGUACUUUCUGUGUUGGCUUUGGAAUAUAGCGGGCGGACAGCUGGUGUAUUCAGUGUCGGAGGAAGCUAACACAGGCACUACAGUUGGGAAUUUGGUGAAGGAUUUUAAUCUGAAUAUUCAGGACCUUGAGGUUCGAGGGUUUCAUAUUGUUCCGGGACCGAACAAGAGGUAUUUCGACGUUAAUACUAAAACUGGAAUUCUCCAUGUCAGAGAGAGAGUUGAUCGAGAAGAGAUUUGCGAGCAGAAUAUUAAAUGUUCUCUGCCUUUAGAAACCAUGAUUAGCUCACCAUUGAAUAUUUACCGAUUUGAAAUAAAUGUUGUUGACAUUAAUGAUAAUGCACCCGUAUUUCGGACAUCAGUCACACAUCUGAAUAUUACCGAAUCAACUAUUUCAGGGGAGAGAUUUCCAUUGCAAAGCGCGUUUGACGCAGAUGUGGGCAGUAACUCCUUAAAGAGCUACAAGCUGAGUCCGAACGAACACUUCUCUCUGGAUGUACAGAGCGGAAGAGAUCAGAGUGUGUCUGCUGAAUUAGUAUUGCAGAAAGCUUUAGAUCGAGAAAAACAAGCUGUAAUUCAUCUUACACUGACCGCUGUAGACGGAGGAAAACCUCCAAAAUCUGGUACAACAGAAAUUAUAGUUAACGUUGUUGAUAUUAACGAUAAUAUUCCUGUUUUCAGUAAGUCUUUGUACAAAGCUAAAAUUACUGAGAAUGCAGCGCCUGGUGCUCAUGUGAUAACGGUUCAAGCUGUUGAUUUAGAUGACGGCGUAAACGGUGAGAUAAUGUAUGCAAUUGUCAACCACAACAAUGAUAAAUAUGUAGAUGCAUUUUUGAUAAAUCCAGAAACAGGUGAAAUUACUGUAAAAAUGUAUGUAGAUUAUGAGCAGAAGAAUGCAAUUGAACUUCGAGUACAAGCAAAAGAUAAAAGUAAUAACCCGAGAGGAGCACACUGUAAAGUACUGGUCGAGGUCGAGGAUGUCAAUGACAACAUCCCACGCCCCGAUGAUCACCACUCACCCUGA